AUGCUCAAGCAUGAGGCAGCUAUGGCUAGAGCUGCUGCCGCUGAUGCAAGGGCCCAGAUUGGGGCAGAAUUUCGAGUCAGGGCCAAGGACUUGGAAGAAGAGCUGUUCACAGAGAGGCAGGCUAGGCGCGAGGCACAAGAGUCUGCAUCAAAAGCAGAGGAGGCACUUCCAAAACUCCAGUUCGAAAUCGAUCGGCUGGCACGGUCGACAGAGUCACAGAGUCAGGAAGUUCGAGAGCUUCGCCAGAUGGCUGCCAAUAGUCAAGGGUCUGUUCAGGAAGAGCGUCAGUUGAGAGUGGCUCUGGAGCAUGCUCUCAGGAAUUCAGAGACGACCCUCCAACAGGUUAUGGAAUUGAACAAGACUGUUGUCAAUGCAUUUGCGAAUGCCCAAGGCAGUCGGCCUGUCACUGGUCGCAAAGGCAACAGAGGAGCCCAGGCAGGUGACGACGUAGCAGACAGUGCAGGAGCAUCUGCCGAUGGAUCGGAGCAGCCUGCACCCAAAGCAGGUGAUGAUGUGGCAGGGAUGCCCCCUUUGCCCGAGCGGUGCACAAGUCCAGUGGGGGCCCAACAAGUGAUACCAACACAAGCACAACCUGUGGACACCCAGUUCUGUAAUACCGGUGGGCACCACGGCAGCUGCAACGUCCAGGGAUACUGGCCCCCAAGUGAACGGCCGGUGCAAAGCGCUGGGCCGAUGGGGGCCGGCUUCCCAGCACAGUUUGCUCCUGGCAAUGGAGUGUGCCCCUUGUGUUUCAAUUCCCAGGUGGGCAGAGGAGCUGCAAAUGAUCCAGUAUGCCAGCUUGCUCACAGCGGUGUUGUGAUGCGGUUAUGCGCCACUGGCACAGUGAUGGAAUGGAGAGGGCACUAG